AUGCGGUCGUCGACGUCAGGCCAACCACCAGGCCAACCACAAGGCCAGGCUCCCCGGCCAACAAAGCGGCGAAAAAUCGUUCCUACAGUUGAUCCCGACGUGUUCGAAACUAUUAUCAGCUUUCAGGAUAUGCUAGCAGAUAUGAACAGCAAUGAUCCUAACGUUCGAUCUCUUGCGGUUCAAAGGCUUACAGUGUUAUCACCCUUGAUGCAACAAAUCGCGCUGUCAAAGAAAACCGCCGGCGUCCAUUAUGCUGCUGGGAGAUUCAAAUCUCUUGACGAGGCGUGUACUGUCUUGCAGGUGACGGAUAAUCCGCAGGAACACAUUUGGGAUCGGCAAGACAUCGACCAUGUUCCCUCAGCCUCCCUGUCUGCUGAUGUGGACACUACUAUCCAACGACUUCAAAGCUCCCACUAUCAUAGAAUCGAUAGGUCAGAAACCUCUGUUCGCGUCGUUGUCGAGCUGUUGAUUCUUGACCGGCUCCAUCACCUUUCUGAUGAAGGGGCGCUCGAACAUCUACACCUCUAUCCGGAGGUAGACGUCGAUCUUCUACUCGGUGAUACGCAUGUCACCGGCCGUGCCGACUGGUUACUUUGCUAUGAUGAUCCUCAAUAUAGUAAUGAUGCGACGUUGAUUGCUAUAGAGGCUAAGCGGAGUUACGAAUUUUCCUCUACCGACUCACAAAUGGCUACGUAA